CGCAGGGGGCGGAGCCGUGCCACGCGGGGCCAAGUGCGGAGGCCGCCAGCCGCCGGCCAUGGGUCCACCGCUGCCUCCGGGCGCGGGGCUGGCGCGCUACCUCGUGUACUUCCAGUACGUGGGCACAGACUUUAACGGGGUCGCAGCUGUCAGGGGCGCCCAGCGGGCCGUCGGGGUCCAGAACUACCUGGAGGAGGCCGCGGAGCGGCUGAACUCGUUGGAGCCCAUCAGGUUCACCCUCUCCAGCCGCACGGAUGCAGGAGUUCAUGCGCUCAGCAACGCGGCGCACCUCGAUGUUCAGCGUCGCCAGGGCAAGCCGCCCUUCUCCCCCGAGAUCUUGACUAAGGUUCUCAACACCCACCUGAGGCACCCAGCCAUCAGGGUCCUGCAAGCCUUCCGAGUGCCCAGCGACUUUCAUGCUCGCUAUGCAGCCACCUCCAGGACAUACCUGUACCGACUGGUGAUGGGCUGUGACUGGCCUCACCAGCUGCCUGUGUUUGAACGAAACCUGUGCUGGGCUCUACCGGCAAACCACCUGGAUGUGGCUGCCAUGCAGGUGGCUGCCCAGCACCUCCUUGGGACACAUGACUUCAGUGCCUUCCAGUCGACUGGUAGCCCAACCCCAAGCUCCAUCCGCACACUGCGCCACAUCUCAGUGUCCCCUGGCCUGGCCAGCCCCUUGGUCCCCUCCUCCCAGGAGAGCAGGAGGCUACAGUUCUGGAACCUGGAGUUUGAGAGCCAGUCUUUCCUGUACCGACAGGUUCGGAGGAUGACAGCUGUGCUGGUGGCUGUGGGGCUAGGGGCUUUGAAGCCAGCCCAGGUGAAGGAGAUUCUGGAAAGCAGAGACCCUCUAGGCAAGCACCAGGCUCGUGUGGCCCCAGCCCAGGGCUUGUUUCUGAAGUCAGUGAUCUACGGAGACCUUGGGCAGGCUGGUCCUGCCUCCUACACCACACAGAGUCUACAGUAUGGAAACUCCCAGUGACUCCGGAUGUGCCGGCCCAGCUGCUGGACCUCACUGUAUUCACUGCACUCAGCCACCUGGAGCUGCAGCUAUCUUGCCUGACCCCCUGCUUCUCUUAGGUCCCUAACGCCUGGGACACCCUUCUCUGCCUAAGUGGGGGCUGGCUCAGUAUAGGGUGCAAAAGACAGGUGUGACACCCCGGGGGGCCUGUGGUCCUGCUGCUCUGGGAGCACCUCCCCUUCACCCACAGGGACUGGGGGUAAGAAUAAAGACAAGCUGGCCCCA